AUGCCCUCUUUCGACACCGUGCGCUCUCAAAUCCACGCCUCGGCGACCCGUCGUGCCCGUGCGGAGGCCCCCGUUCUCGCCUUCUCGAGUCUCCGUGUCCUACGUGCCGAGCACGAUAAACCGCUCUCUCACACCAUUCCCGACUUGGCUUCAGGAGAGGCUCGGUCGCGUCUGCUGGUGGCCCGUUCAAUCCUCAGCUUCGGGCGCUCGGAUUCUCCCUCCAGCUAUCCUCGUGGGCCCUUUACCGCUCCCCCGUCUCUGUCGCACAGAAGGACACGUCACGUCAUAGGCAUCUCCUUCUGGGCUCAAUCGACGGAUAUACGUCGUCGUGUGUGCAUCCGUAUCGCGCCGACCCGAAGCGUGCGCGCGCGAAUCCAACGCGCUCAGACGCUGCCCACGCUCACUUGGGAGGGCUUGGUCCCGAUCCCCGCCGCGCCCGUCUGCGUUCCCGCCUUUCACUUCCGCAAAACCCGACCUCGGCGGGAUCUUGGGACCGCAGGCACCGCAGCUCGCUUUGCGCCCUCUCAGACCCAUCUGUUUGCGCCCAAUUCUCAACGGCCUAUCAUGCCGCCCUCCUUCGCCAACUUCGUCAUCCACGGCGCUUCUCUAUCUUGGCACCACAGCCUUGCACCGACCCUCACAGGCUCCAUGAUGUACAAUGGGUCACGGAACCUGCGCGAGGCUCUCUUUGCAUCCCAGUCGAGUUGA